GCGGCGGCGGCCCGGGAGCGGCGGCGGGAGCAGCUGCGGCGCUGGGAGGAGGCGGCGGCGGCGGCCCCGGCCCCGCGGGAGGAGCGGCCGGGCCCGGCCCGGGUGCGCUUCGAGCGGCAGGCCGAGUUCCGCGCCGUCUGCGCAGGCGCAGAGCUGGCCGAGGCGCGCGCCAUGGUGAUGGCGCCCGAGGGCGGGGGGCGCGCGCUGCUGGGCGGGGCCAACGCGGACGGGAUCAGCGCGCUGCACCAGGCCUGCAUCGACGAGAACAUGGAGGUGGUGCAGUUCCUGGUGGAGAGCGGCGCCGACGUCAACCAGGCCGACAACGAGGGCUGGACCCCGCUGCACGUGGCUGCCGCCUGCGGCUGCCGGCACAUCGCCCAGUACCUGCUGGAGCACGGUGCUGACGCCGCUGCCGUCACCAGUGACCUGGAGCUGCCGCUGGAGGUGGCCGAGGACGAGGCCCUGGAGGAGCUGCUGAGGGCGGAGCUGCAGCGCAGGGGUGUGGACGUCACGGCGGCCAAGCGCGCGGAGGAGGAGCGGAUGCUGCGGGACACGCGGCUCUGGCUGGACUCGGGGCAGCUCCGGGACUGUCCCCACCCGGCCACCGGGGCCAGCGCCCUGCACGUGGCGGCGGCCAAGGGCUACAUCGAGGUCAUGAGGCUGCUGCUGGCCGCGGGCUACGACCCCGACGUGCGGGACAAGGACGGCUGGACCCCGCUGCACGCGGCCGCGCACUGGGGCGUGGAGGAGGCGUGUCGGCUGCUGUGCGAGCACCUGUGCGACAUGAGCCCCCAGAACAACGUGGGGCAGCGUCCCUGUGACCUGGCGGACGAGGAGACCCUGCCCCUGCUGGAGGAGCUGCAGCGGCGCCAGCACCACCUCCGCAGCCAGAAGGACCCGGGGGCCCCUCCCCCACCCCCGGCACCGGAACCUUCCGGAGCCCCCCCGGCCGUGGGGGGGGGCAGGCACCGACG